AUGGACCAUGGUAGUCUCGGAGACGAGGCCGUUUCACGCCCCAGCCCGCUCUUCGACCAGCGCCCAGCGCGAGAUCAAUCCCCCCAUUCACGCCAUUCACACCGUUCACACCAUUCAACCCAUUCGGCACACUCAAGGCACCCGUAUCUCGACGGCUACGACGGCCUGAACUCGCUUGUCGCCCAGACAAUCUCUCCCGAUUCCCAUGCCGCCGACAACUCGCACGCUCAUGCCGCCAAUUCGCGCUUCAGCCACUCGACGACGACAAGUGCUCCCGACGACUCUGUAGAACCCGACGAUUUUUACCGCAGCUACUACCGGGACGUCCAGACCACCGGGAAUGCCACCUCGCCGCCACUGAAGGACCCCAUGGCUUCGGCCGUCUCAAGUCCCCGCCAGCCGCCCUCGCUACGGUCGAACGGCAGCGGCACCACACCGAAGCACUCGUCGAUCCCGACUCAUCGCAAUGCCCUCCGGUCUAGCCAACGUUCCACCUCGAGCCCCAUUGACAACCGGCCUGUGACUUCUGGGAGCGCGGCAGGAAACGGCUACAAUGGAGGCGGCACUGUUCCCACGAGUGUGAAGGACCUCAAGAAGAAGUUUGACCAGCCGGCGUCACGAUCCCCCACGAGCGCCCGAAAGGCGUCCUCAAAACCAGCUCGAGACACCACUUCGAGCAACCUAGCAAAUGGCCGACCGUCUGGUAGCGGAGCCAGUGCGAGACAAGACGCGGAAAGGACGGUCGGGACACGAGGAGCUCAUAGACCGAAAGUGGUGACAGAUAAUCCGUCUGCCAGUUCGCAGUCGUUCGCUAGUAGAGUAGCGAGGCCUCGCAACGGCGCUUCAACCAAUCUAACGGCAUCCCGCUCGACAACCCAGCGCUCUUCAGGCGCCGCGUCCGGGACAAGGAGCUCACAGGGAAGCCAGUCACGCCAAAACGGUCUUCUUUUUGGCGAGAUACUCCCAGACGAAAACGACUCGGUCACCGCUGGCUUUGGAAUCGACGACGUGCGGCCACGGAGGGCCUCUGAGUCCAGCACCCACAGUCCCGCAGCAUCGCAGAUGGGCACCCCGUCAGACCUGGACCUUGAACCGACAUCCCCCACCGAGUGGUAUCGCGCCGCGAACUCAGGCGGGCAAUCCGGUCAUGAUCAGCAUGCCUCCAAAAUCCCAACAACCCACACUCGAACCCACAGCGACAUUGCCGGUUCGAAAUUGACCGUGAGCCGUGCAGAUUGUGGUGCAACGAGGCACGACACUGAUUCCCCAAUGUCUCCCGCAUCACCGGCAUCGCCAACGUCGCGCCUUCCAGUGAUGGUUAAAAGGAGGAGCGACACAUCGGGCCACACCAGCCCGGUCUCGACCCGCUCCAGCUCGCCUUCCACUUUCAAGCGCACCACUGCCAGUGGGAGAUCACGUCAGCAGCUCUUGUCUGCCUCACGGGCCAAGACGCCCACCGGCCACCCCGCAACCCAGCCCAAGAAUUCGACCCUAAACCCCAGCUCAUCCCGCAAGGCUCCUCCAUCAAAUAUUUCCACCCCUCAGAGUCAUGGUCGAGUUAAUGCGUACGUGUCGGUACCCGCACCAAAACUCUCACCAAGCCUCCGCAGCUCUCGGCCCCGGCAAUCUGUUGCAACUGCUACAACGGCUUCGUCGAGAAAGCGAGUUACCGAAGGUGGCGCCUCACCCACAAAGCAGUCACAACGGCUUGGCAGCAAGGCAGACGAGGCGACUCCGCGGAGGCGAAAGCUAUCUGUUGGACCGAUUGACUUCGCGCAGCGACGAGAAACCAUCAAGCUUGCUUAUAGCAAGUCGAUCCGAGAGAGUCAGGCCAGGGAAGCAAGGCAGGCAGCUGCCGAGAAGCGGAAAAGAGAGCUAGCUGCAGUGGCCAGGGCCAAGGCAGAGGCUGAAGCCGUCGCGGUGGCAGCAGUUGCCAGUGCCACAGCAGCAUCAGCUGCUGCACGGCCCAGGACCAGUGACGGUAGCCGGCCUUUGGGGAAGAUUGCUGAGAAAGUAGAAGCCGUGGUAGAGGGACAGCCAAAGGCCACCACAGAACUGCCGACUCUCGAACCAACAACCGACCAGCCUCCUCGUCCUCCUCCCGAAGCUCUCAAACUGGAAAUACCAGGUAGCUUCCCGAAUGUCGGAACCCCUCAGCUGGAUCAAGCCGAAAACCCACUCUCGGCGGUCUCCAACGCCACUACGACCACAGAGUUCGACCCUGAGCAGCAAACUGAGCCCCCGAGGCCAGAGACAGGCACGGCGGCCAUCGACAAUGCGCUGGGAGUUAUGGCACCGAGCUUGGUCCCGGCGCCUGCCGAACCAGAAACCCAUGCGCCACAGAUCGCCGAGCAGGUCCAUGCUCCGGCACUGCAAGAAAGGGCCACGUAUCGUUCACCAUUCGAUGACGACGGCGAGGAAGAUGACAGCGUGUCCAUCAAGAUUUCACUUGAUACAUCUGCCCAACCCCAGAUGUCACCCCAAGUAACACCAACCCGCACUGACUUCAAUCACGAAGUCUCCCCUGCUCCUCCUCCGGCCGAAGACGAUGAGUAUGUGGCGCGGCCGUACACCUUCUCCUCUGCCAACUACGAAACAACAGUCACCAUCUUAGGCCCCGAGAACGACUUUAGGCCGUUACACAAUGACCUGCCUGGUACAACCGUACCAUCAAGCACGCUACCUCACGAUGAACUUCCCGUCAAUGCCACCUCCCAGAUUAUUGCCGCUGAACUACCGCGCUCAAAUGACGCUCAUUUGGAGGACCGUGAGGCUGGGAUCGAACAGCUUGGCCGGAUUGAGGAUUUUUAUGUGGGAUCGCGUCUGCAUGAGAACAUUGCGGCUUUGCGUAACUCGACCUUGACCUCCUCCGAUCCUGGCAUACCUCUUGAUGAAGAGCCGUCUCCGGCAGACUACCACAAGAUACCGGACACGUCGCACAGUUUAUCAGUACCUUCAUUACUGGCUCCGGCGAACCGCUUGAGCCAACACUCUGCAUGGACCGACUUCUCUUUCGGCAGUGACGAUCGUGAUGCGGGUCUCCCAAGUGUCGCAUUCCGGCCUCGUGAACCGGACAGCCACGAUCGGGCGUCUUUCCGAAUGGCAGCCUCAACGGGCGACCUUAGCACCUGCGAUUCGAGCGUGGGAGAGCCCAUCCAAAGCCCUGACAUAUCGCCGCUGGACAGGUCCGGCGCCCCGUCCCCGCCUAUGCUGCCCACUUCGCCCAGUGGCCAGCAGAAUCUCUCCCACCUCGAGAGCAUCGAACACUCCGCGGCAAGCUGCGACUCGCAACUAGAGGGGAUAGCGACGGCACCGGAACGUGCCCCUCCCGACCCGCCGUCUUCCAUCAGCGUCUACGAGAGGGAGAGCACACUAUACUUGGAGGAAAGCCGCCCUAGCAGCUACCUAUACGACAACGACGACGAGGAGCAGCCGGUUGGAACCGGAGACCCGCAACGAGGUUCGCAACACGGCCUUGAUUCUUUGGAGCCCUCCAGUGUUUCCCUGGGAGACACACUAGUAGAGAAACAGGUCCCCCUCACUAAAGCGGAGCAAGAAGAGCAGAAGAGGCUCAGGCAGCGGCAACUCGUCAUCAGGGAACUCAUUGACACCGAGGAUGCCUUUGUCAGAGAUAUGAGCGUCGUGGAAGAAAUCUACAAGGGAACUGCCGAGGCCUGUCCGAAUCUGGAUGCCAAGACAAUCAAGGUGAUCUUCAGGAACACGGAUGAGAUCAUUGCCUUCCACGCCGCUCUCCUCAUUGAGCUCAAAGAGGGCGCAUCGGCGGUAUAUACUCCCAAGGGAAGAAGGUCGCCGCUUCUCGCCUCGGACUCCAAGGACUCCGACUCGGCAACCCUCAACUCGGUCAUGUCUUCAAGUAGGCCUGACCGCGACGACGAGAAGGACCGUUUCACCUCGUUGGGCCCGGUGUUCUCCAAGAAUAUUGAGCAGCUUAAAGCCGUGCACGAAGCGUAUUUGCGAUCCAGCGACAACUCGUCGAAACGCCUGCUCCAGAUCCAGGAGGACGAGGCUGUCAUGGUCUGGCUCAACGAGUGCAACGCGGUGGCGAAAGAGCUGACAUCCGCCUGGAACCUCGAUUCGCUCCUUAUCAAGCCGAUGCAGCGCAUAACCAAGUACCCCGACAUCAUCACUCAUCUUCUCAAAUACACUCCCGAGAACCAUCCUGACCGAGAAGCGCUCAUCCAAGCGAGGACGGCGGUCAUGGAUGCGAUUGACGAGAUCAACAGGACUAAAAAGAACUUUGAGCUCGUUGGUCAGAUUGUCAACAACAGGAAGCGCAAGGAAUCAGAUGUCAGAGCGGGGCUUGCGAGAGCAUUCGGCAAGCGCGUCGACAAGUUGCAAAUCUCGGGUAAGACGGCCGAAGAUGAAGAGUAUCAGAGGCUCCAACAGCAAUUUGGGGAUGAUUAUCUGCGUCUCCAGGUUGUCUUGCGCGACGUUGAAUACUACACCAGGAAUGUGGCGACUUAUGUACACGAAUUCCUUCAAUAUCUGUCCUCGAUGGAGCUUGUCAUGCGCCUGCAGCCAUCUCGAGACUAUGCUCACCUGGAGAGCAAGUGGGUCCAGUUCAACGUCUCGAUGCGAGAUGUUGAGAAGAUCGCAUUAGAGAAACAUCUUUCUGAUGUUCGCAAACACGUCAUCGAGCCGUUUGAGCAGGUCAUUAGGUGCUACGGCAACCCGUCCCUAGCUAUGAAGAAGAGGGCUAAGCGGCGGCUGGAUUACGAGAAGUUUCUGCAACUAAAGGCCAACGGCAAGAAAGUGGACAAGCAGCUCGCGGAGCUGGUCGAGCAAUACGAGGCGCUUAACGACACCCUGAAGAAGGAGCUGCCGAAGCUCUCUGCCAUGACUGCCCAGAUCGGCAACAUUUGUCUCGGAAAGUUCAUCAGCAUCCAGGCCUCUUGGUUUUUGAUGUGGAAAGAGAAGGUCAAAGCGCCGCUCCAUGACGUGGUUCACGUCCCCGAACUGUCUGAGAUUGUGUCUACAUUCCAGCGCGAGUUCUCCUUGCAGGAUGAGCGGGCAAAAGCCUUGGGCAUCCUCAACCCUACGCUCAGGAGCAGGGCGUCCCAGUCAACCAACGAUGACUCCUCAUCUAUCAGAUCGAGGACCAAGUCCCGCCCGAGCGAUCUCUUAACGUCUCGCGGAAGAGGCUUGUCCAUCAAUAGCGAUCACGCUCCAACCCUUCCCACUCCGGACUUUGCGAAGCGCAACAGCGGCCAAUUCAGCCUCUCCCCUGCCAGCAGCGCCCUUCCCAGCCCAGGGCAUUAUUACCGCGACUACUACUCGGGUAUUAACAGCGGCCCGCGGGGCGGCUCUGGUUCGCCCGUCACUCCGGAUCCCAACAACCAUCAAGGUAGCGCCACCGGGCUCCGCUCAGCCACGGUGCGCCCCAGCACGGGCCGCAGCUUUGACUCGGCUAGCCUCCCACGACAGAGUUCCGAUUCGACUGCCACGCCGUCCACCCCUGGGAUGAGCAUGGGCAUUGGCAUGAUGGGGGGUAGCCGCCGCGACUCCAACUCGACAUUCAACUCGAGCUAUCCUGCGCCUGUUUCUGGAGGCCCCGAGCAAACUAGACGCCUGUCGGGCCUUUUCCACUCUGCCCUGCCCCUCCCCGAUGGGCCGGAGGAGAACCACGCGGAGGAUUCCGUGGCUUCGUCCCGUGGUUCAUUCGCGCAGGGCAAUGUGGGAAAUGGUGGCGGGUAUAAUGUCCUCUGGCUGGCGGCCAGUUUGUUCGAGUUCAAUAUUGAAACUACAAAACAUGAGGCCGGGUAUCCUUACCUGACUUAUCAGGCCGGGGAGAUCUUUGAUGUUAUCGCCGAGAAGGGCGAGCUGUGGCUGGCAAAGAACCAGGAUGACCCGCGUGGCGUUGUCGGCUGGAUCUGGUCCAAACACUUUGCCAAGCUGGCGGACUCAUGA